GGUGGUACAAAAACAUAUACGCAAUUAGGCCAAUAUGCUAACUUGGCUCCCGGGGAAGGAAAUCAAUUUCAAUGCAGCGAGAAAUUGAGGGAUGUAUUGAUAAAUUAUGUUGUUCUGUUGGCUAGUUUGGAAAUUAAUUUAUCGUAAGCGGUCUAUUAUUAAAAAGGAAUAAACACAGAAGUUUUGCUUGAAAGACUGAAGUUCAUUCUAAGGAAGUGAAAAUAGUUGAAAAUGGCUUACCAAAACGCAUUUUGCUGCUGUUGUAUAUUUGGAAUUGCGUAUCUCCCACCCCACCCCUCGCCAAAUGCGAGUCAUUCUUUAUUUCCCGUUUUUGUUAUUAAAUACUCUAAAUAACAUAAAAUACUCGAUUCCACAAGCUUUUUAGCUUUUACUUUAAUCGUGUGUAAAUUAAGGUUAUGUUUGUGUGAAUGUCGCUGAAUCGCGGGUGAGUUUCAAUACGUUCGAACGAAUGCUUUGUCGGUGUUUGUUUCUAAGUUUUCGUGUUGCGUAGUGACGAUUCGACUCAUCCAUAAGUAAUGACACUGAAUGUCACGCAACCAAGUCACAAGGUCGGUCUCUCUUAAGUGUUGUUCGACAGCAAGUUAGGGUAUACGUUUUUCCCUGGCUAAUAUCAGCCACAAAGACCCAUAACAGUCACCACAGUACGUAAUGCUAAGUCGACCACAUUUACAUAGCGUUUAGUAAAUAAGAUGGAUCAUUACCACUUGAAACGAUUUUGAAAGUCGGAGACUACGGUUGCAUCCGCUUACGCUUCAUCCAUUGAUAGUGAGUACAAACAGUGUUAGAUGCUGGCAAGGAUACUACUGGACAGAUCUAUCCGAGAGAUUGAAUUGGCGAGGCGAGCGAGCCCGUUAAAAUGGCGGACGUCAAUCUCACAGAAAAUCAGUAUGUAAGAUUCGCGAACGGAAAAGGGAGCCCGUCAGGCGCGUUCCGCAAAGGAACUUCGCCUGGGAGUAAUACGGUCAGACCCCUCGAGAAAGAUUGCACAGGCAUGGAGCUGUCCGCGUCAGGCAAAAAACCUAAGGGACUGGACCAACAUCAUGUGUUGAAAAUGUUAUCACAGGGGAAGGGUACUAGCAUUUUCGAAAUUGCAAAUCAAGGCCUGCAAGAAACAGGGAUAGUAGACAAAGAAGUAUUAUUGGCUAAAGAUAACGAAGGCUUUUCGUUACUGCACCAUGCUGCACGAUGUGAUCAAGCUAAACUGGUGAGCUUUUUGUUGGAUAACGGGGCAGAUAUCGACAUGAAAGGAGAAAACGGUUGUACCGCCCUUUAUGUUGCUGUCAGGCAUAAAAGCACCGAGGCUGUAAAAGUCCUACUUCAGCGAGGUGCAGACCCUUCUAUACCAGACGACGAAACCGAGACACCCCUUCUCUUUGUAGCACGACGGGGCUACAAGGAUAUCGCAGCCCUCCUGCUUGAGGAUACCAGGACAGAAGUUAAUUAUGCAGACGCAAGAAAUUUAACGCCAUUUCAUGCAGCCUGUUCUAGUGGCGACCGUUCACUGUGCGAACUGCUCCUGAAGCAUGGUGCUGACUUAACUGCAAAGACAAAGAACCGGCUCACUGGACUGCAUUUCGCUGCUUAUAACGGUGACGAUGACAUUUGUGAACUGCUCGUUUCUGCAGCCCACAAGCAAUAUCCCUCUUUGAAGAAGUUUUUAGAUGAAAAAGAUGUUGAAGAUACCACUGCCCUACACAUCAGCUGUAAAAAGGGAUGUACUAAGUUCGCCGAAUUAUUACUGCGGCAUGGAGUGGAUUAUGAGGCGGUGACAGGAGUGAACCUCAACUCCCCGCUCCAUCUAACUGCUAUGCAUGGUCAAGAGGACAUAACACGACUGCUGAUUUCUAGUGGAGCGGCCAUUGAAAGUAGGGAUGCACUUUUGCAGACACCGUUGCACAGGGCUGCGGCAUUCAAUUAUGUAACAAUAGCUCAAAUCCUGUUGGAAAAUGGAGCCUGCAAAGAAGCUAAAAAUAUGAUGGACCUAACCCCAUUUUUGGUUUCUGUCCUUCAUGGUGGCAUUGAAACUGCUGAGAUGUUGCUGGAUCAAGGAGCCAACAUAAUGGCAACCGAUUCCACUGGUAACAGUUGUCUUCAUUUAGCCGUUCAACACAGCCAAAAAGAGAUGGUUCGAAUGCUGCUGACUCACAGAGACAAAGGGAAGUUCAUGGAGCUCAGGAAUAAUGAGUUGAAGACGGUGAUGCAUCUCGCCGCUACGCGCGACACCACAGAGAUUCUGAACAUCUUUCUUGAGGACAGCUAUUUGUUUGACCAACGGGACAUUAACGAACGGAUACCGCUUCACACUGCGGCCGAAAAUGGAUCAUUGGAAUGUGUCGAUUCGCUGUUGAGAUGCAAAACGCUUUUAACGUACGCAAACGACAGGGAUAAGCAAGGAAUGAGCCCGCUUCAUCUCGCAGCUUCCAACAAACACGUGGAGACUUGUAAACUCCUGAUGGGGAAAGGUAGUGACGUGGCAUCACUCAAUUCUCAUCAGCGUACUCCGCUUCAUUUAGCUGUCCAAGCUGGUUCACUGGAAACAGUCCGCCUUCUGUUGAGUCCUAUGCUGCCAAAUACACUGGAGAUUAAAGACGCUGACGGAAACACUCCACUUCAUAUUGCAUGUUCGCUCAAUCGUCUUGAAAUACUAAGGUUCUUCUUGGACCAGGGAGCUGACGUUACUGCUUUAAACAAUGAGAACAUGACUUGUCUGGAUGUCGCUAUCGAGUGGGAUUCAGUUGAGGUGGCGAAGACCCUCGUCAAACACAAGAGAUGGAAGGAAGUGGUUUGCCUCAAUUCUACAGAUCAAAUAACACCCAUGGAAAAGCUGAUAAGAAAGCUCCCUGAGGUGGCUGAAAUCGUUUUGGAUCAAUGUAUUAGCUACAACGACCUGCCAAUCACUCAUCCAGACUUUACGGUGACUUUCAAUUUCCAUCCUUUGGACCCGCCCGAUGCUAUAACCAGUAGUCGCUAUUUUUUUGGUCCGGCUUGCAUGGCGACCUACCGUCGAGAGAGUCUUUUAAAUCACAGUGUGACGCAAAUGCUAUUGAGAUGGAAAUGGCUGGCUCUUGGAAAGUUCAUUAACUACUUGAACUUCUUGUUUUUCUUCGUUUUUCUUCUAUUGUUCUCUGUGUUCAUUAUUGAGGAAAGAGGCAAAGUAAACCUUUCGCACGGUGAUGCUAGCGCCACAUCAGACACAUCAAAAGCGAUGCCAGCGGUGAUCUUUGCGUAUUUGAUUAUAGGCCUUUCGAAAGAACUAGUUCAGAUGUUAUGGUUACAAGUAAAUUACUUCAAAGAUUACACAAACUAUGUGGACUUCGGUAUGUAUGCGUGUACUUUCAUCUACAUCCUUCCUUACGUGAUUAGAGACGACCUGUACGGUGACAUUGAAGUACAGUGGACUGCGGGAACAUUGGGUCUAAUGCUGUGUUACGUAAACCUAAUUCUCGCUCUACGUCGAGUGAGUUCGGUGGCCCUGUACGUGACCAUGUACAUCGAGGUGCUGCUAACGUUUAUUAAAGUGAUCCUCAUCUUUACUACCGUGCUUAUUGGCUAUUCGUUAGUCUUCUAUGUUCUACUGAAACAAGAGGAUAACUUUUCAUCCGUUUGGGUGUCGUUUGUGAAAGUAUUUGUGAUGAUGAUUGGCGAAAUGGAUUACUCGGACAUAUUGUCUGAUAACGUUGUGAACAGUGCCAAGGUCCCAGGCACAGACAUGCUCUAUGUCCCAUUGCCAGAGCUGUCGUACAUCAUGUUCAUGAUGUUUGCUCUGUCAGUCUCUAUAGUCCUAAUGAAUCUCUUGGUUGGCCUUGCAGUUGGAGACAUUGAUUCAAUCCAAAAGACUGCAAGUCUGCGAACUCUUAUUGACCAAGCCUUCUUAGUGGAUAACAUACAGAAGAAAUAUCCGAAAACGUUGUUGCGCCUAGGUUAUAAAGAGUCCAUGGAGAUAUCACCGAACCAGAAUACUUUUAUCAAGAGGUUAGCCUUUGCUGGUGUUGGUCUCUCAGAUGACGAGUUCUUGGACCUCAUUCGCAAGAAAGAUUCUGAUCAGAACAAUGAUGAAGACGAUCUGGACAACUACGAUCAACAACGAAUCGAAAGGCAGGAGGAAAGAAUCAAGACCCUGCAAGCUACUGUAGAUGCUCAGACCGAACUGCUGAAAGCUAUAGCCGAUAAACUACAAAUUAAAAAAUAAGUAAAUAAUGAGGAGAACAUCAUUAUCGUCUGGUUUAUUUAUUUAUAUAUAUAUUUAUUUAUUUAUUCAUUCACUUAUUUCUUCAUUUAUUUACUUAUUUUUUUUUCGGUUCAGGUGUCGUUCUCUUACCUUUUCUAUCCUCUUAAUGAGGAGAGCCUUUUGGGACUGACCUGGCUCUACAAAAAAACAGGCAUUGUUACUAGGCAUACCAGCACGAGUGCCUACUUUCUAGCUCAAUUUGUUUGUUUAUUUACAGUGUCGUCAAUUAGAAUAGCAGUGCUUAACAUGAACGACUGAACUGAUUAAUUUAUUUACUUCUGCCUUCUCUAUUUCUUUUUCUGGAAAGAAAAUUUUAAAAAUGCAAAGGGUUUUGAAGGGGUGUAUACCUGUAGUCGGGGAAGCAAGAAUUAGUUGAUUCAGGUUUGCAAGACCGCGGCUGAGUCUUCAAUUUUGUCUCGAAGUUUGUAGUAAGGAUACAACUGUUCGCGCCGUAAUGGCCAAAACGCUUUUUGCAGUUCUUUCAAGUGUUUGAAUAUUCUUUAAUUGAUUAAUCGAGUAAUAAGAAACGGGACCUUUAUCGGUGUUUCAACGACAAGUUGCCCGCAAAAACGGCUCGUGUUUUUUUGAUAUAGUUUCCUUUGCGCUCUUUAUGUACGCUUCUGAUGUGUUACUUUCGUGUUUUUGAAACAUUACUUUGGCGCUUCAUUUGGGUGACAAACAAAAUCGCCUAAAAUCGUGUUAACAAAAACUUACAUAUAGCAUCGUUAAUUUAUACGAGUUUCUUCAGCUGUGUAAACCUUCUAUGCGGAUAACAAAUUCAUUUGCAUGAAAAUUUCUUCGAGUUUAAGGUAGACUGGCAAAAUAAUUAAAGUUAUAAUCGCUAUGAAAAUUAUUGAACCUCUAUAAUAAAGAACCCGUUUAGCUGAUUAGUGGGGAAGUGUGGAGGCUGUCGAGGUCCAGAGGUACAUGUACUGAUAAUAAAUCUGCGUAAAUCCGGCCAAACCCUCUGUAAAGCUUUGUGACUUGUAUUCCUCAAAAUGGCCGCUGUACAGCUUACAUAUGGGUGCAUGAUUUUAGUAUGUUUGUAAAAUUCUCUGAAGAAGUCUAGGACAGUUAAACGAACUACAAUAAACAAAUUUUGUGGCUUCA